AUGCUCGCUGCAUUCUUGCGUGGAGAGCGACACGAUCGGACCACGGCAGCUCUCCGCUGGUAAUUCCACCCACACAGACCAGGAGCUUCAUUUGGAGGAGAAUUUUUUUCUUUGUCAAUUUUGCAUCGCUUUCCCCCCCGCGCUGCUCCGGGUUCCAUCUCUCCUGAGGUCCGCACCCUGCGCCUAUUCCUCUCCCGAGAAGAGGAAUAAAAGCCGGACUUUGCAUCGGAGUGGAAUUCAUACCAUGAUCCCGAGGUGAUCCGGCUCCAAAAACAUCUGUCCUGCUGCUGAGAAGAAACUUGAAUGACAACUAAAAUGGCCUCUUACCUCAUCGCACUCGUCGCCGUCACCGUCCUGCCUCUGAGUUCUGCUCAGCAGGUUCCAGCCAACUGCGUGAUCAAGAGAGAGGAGGAGAAGUGUCUGGAGAUGAUGACCUCCAAGCACCCUGCCAAUGACCCGGACUUUCCAGGCUGCACGUUCAUGUGGGAUAACCUGACGUGUUGGCAGCCAGCCAGGUUCGGCCAGGUGGUGGAGGUCAACUGUCCAGAACUCUUUUCUCAAUUCAUGAGCGAGGAAGACUACGAGAUCGCCAAGGUCAGCCGGAACUGCACCGAGUCCGGCUGGUCCGAGACCUAUCCUCACUAUGUGGACGCCUGUCUGUUCAACGAAGAAGGCAACCCGGACUUGUUCUUCGUGUCGGUGAAAGCCCUGUACACGGUCGGCUACAGCACGUCUCUGAUCUCCCUCACCACCGCCAUGGUCAUCCUCUGCAGGUUCAGGAAGCUCCACUGCACGCGGAACUUCAUCCAUAUGAACCUGUUUGUGUCCUUCAUGCUGCGAGCCAUUUCUGUCUUCAUCAAGGACGGCGUGCUGUACGCUCAGGAGGACAGCGAUCACUGCUUCCUGCACACCGUGGAGUGUCGAGCCGUGAUGGUGUUCUUCCACUACUGCGUCCUCUCCAACUACUUCUGGCUCUUCAUCGAGGGUCUCUACCUCUUCACGCUCCUGGUGGAGACCUUCUUCCCGGAGAAACGCUACUUCUACUGGUACAUCAUCAUCGGCUGGGGAGCCCCAACACUGUGUGUGACCGUCUGGUCCGUGCUGCGGCUGCACUAUGAUGACAUGGGCUGCUGGGACUUGAACGACAACGCCGCAAUCUGGUGGGUGAUCAAGGGACCGGUUCUGGCGUCCAUCAUGGUCAACUUUGUCCUCUUCAUCGGGAUCAUCGUCAUCCUGGUCCAGAAGCUCCAGUCACCGGACAUCGGAGGGAACGAGUCCAGCAUUUACCUGAGGCUGGCUCGCUCCACGCUGCUGCUGAUUCCUCUUUUCGGGAUCCACUACACUGUGUUUGCGUUCUCCCCCGAGCACAUCAGCAAGAGAGAACGCCUCGUGUUCGAGCUCGGACUCGGCUCAUUCCAGGGCUUCGUGGUCGCCGUCCUCUACUGCUUCCUGAACGGAGAGUAUCUCCCUCAAGGUGCAGUCGGAGAUCAAGAGGAAAUGGCGCAGCUGGACGGUGAACAGGUACUUUGCUGUGGACCUGAAGCACCGACAUCCUUCGCUGGCGAGCAGUGGAGUCAACGGGGGGACGCAGCUCUCCAUCCUCAGCAAGAGCAGCUCGCAGAUCCGCAUGUCCAGCCUGCAGGCCGAGAGUCCAGCCACCUGAGCGGCGCCGGCGACCCACCCGCGUCCAAUGACCUCAAACCCACCAUCCUCCCCAUGACCGACCUCAGCAACCCGUACCUCAACCCGUACCCAAACCCAUACCCGGACGAGACCAUCGUAGAGACCCAACUCAACUCCAGCGAUCCGGAGCAGCCUCUAGUCUGACCCGCCUCUCCCUGGACUCAGGGCAUGUGCACAAGGCGUCGCCGCGCUUGUAAAUAUCGUGUUCGUGAAAAUCAGUCUGGUACGUCAGUGUCUGCGGUGUUUCUCAGAGGAACCGGCCCCGCGGUCGAGGGUGGGGCGGCGCCACGACUGCUACACGGUGUUUCCGCGUUGGGACGAGCUGCGUCCUAAAAGUGUUUUAUCUUGUGAAAGUGGGGUUUGACGUGUCACUCAAAAUGGCGUGCUAAGAGCUUCGUUAAACCUGAAAAGUAUCUAUAUUUGCUCAGUCUUGACAGUGAUGUGUUCCGCUGCGUUUUACGUGUUUCCAGAAGUCUGAGCUCGUCCGAAUCUAGCCGGAGAGGUGUCUCCAAUGACCUUCACAUUCUGUCCAUGAUGAUCAACAAGAUUCCUGUUCAACAACACCAGUCUUGUGAGGUCGAGUUAGUGUUAUGACUCCCGGGAUGCUUGUAGUACUCAUAUCUGCCACUGGAAUGUGCUGCAUCUCAAGCAGACCAGGAAGUUCAAUGGCCCGAGUAGCAAGCUCUUAUGCUCAGAUAAGAUGGGUCUUUCACACAGGACAUGUUUCGGGUAUUUUUGUGGCCUUCUCUUCAGCAUUGAUCUCAAGUUUUGGAAGUUCAUAUUGACGUUUCAGACUCCGGUUGAGCUAGAAAGUGGUGCUGUGUUUCUAACCAAACAAGAAAUAACUGGGAAUCUCAUAGACUUUUCAAGGGUUCGAACCAGUGACCAGUGUGAGUCCACCUUUGAACCCACCUGGUUCACUCUUUAUCACGAUAAACGGAGAAGUGAAGUCAGAAAACGUCUUGUAGACACUUUGUUUACAUAUGUGUUGGGUUCUAACUGACUCAAAUAUCGUAAACAUCCCGGGAGUGAAGUGAUUCCACACAGCGGACGUAUUUGUAUGGCAAGUUGUGCUAAAUGCUAACAUGCUAAAUUAAAUUAAAUCCAUUCAGGAAAUCCAUUCCACAGUUUGCAGUGAGCUUGCAAAUAGAUAUUCCAGCAACAUGACGCUCAGACUCAGCUCAAGGCUGAAAUGUAAAGACUAAGUGAUGUCACCACGGUUACAAUAGCACAACAAAAAAGCUCCCACACCUCCUACUUGAGGAUUACUGUCGUCUAAGAGUCUAAGGGCCAUGGAACAAGGGCCAGUGUGGGACGACCUGUUUGCUGGAGCCUGUUUUCCAAACUAGUUUAGAAGUGAUCCUCAUGCAAUUUUAAGCCUGGUGCACCACUGACCUUUCUACGGCGCAGACCGCACCACUGCACCCGCGGCUUGUGGAUAAACAGGAUCUAUUUUCCUUCUUAGAUUUAUAUCAUGAAACAGUAUUUCAGGGCUGAUGAAACUGUAUCAGGUCAGUAGAUGGCAAUCUUGGUUUAGAAAGCAUGUGAGGUUUCACUGAAUUAGUUGUUGAAGUCCAAACAUCACUAGUGUAUACGGCAUUAAGUAAUGAGGAUUGACAGCUACUAAAACAAAAUAAACAAGUCAAGCACAUGAUAGCAGUGGCAGAAAGGAAGAAAUAAAUAUGUGAAAUAGUGGGGUAUAGCAGCUACCUGCCUUAGCACGGAUUGAAAUCGCGCGAGGAAGCUUCCUUCUCACGAUGGGGUCCAUCAGCAGGUGGCUCCAGGAGGGCCAGAGGGCCACGUGAAUCGUAUGAUGAACAAGGGCUACUGGUGUGUUCCAGUUAGAAGUGGGAAGUCGGAGCUGGGAAUGACACGAAAUUCAAUGCAUUCCAUUUAUCAAAGUCGGAAAACAAGAUAGUAACAGCCACAAAAGUGAUUCCCACAUGUGCCUUCCUCAGCGGCUUGAUGAAUAUGCUCCGUAUGCGACUUGAAAACCUGGAGUCGGAAGAAGAAACAGCGAUUAGUGCAAUGUGUUUGUUUCCUUCUGUCAAUUUCAUUGGUUUAAAAGCUCUACUUCCUGUUUACAUUCGGGGUAGCCAUCUUGGAUUGGGGUGGUGAGGAUUCUCUGACUUUCCGACUUGGAAAAUCCUCCAUCAGGUGACAAUACCAGGCGCGCAACUGCGAAUUUCCUGACACACCAUAAAACCGGUGAGAGCUUUGAGCUGAAGUUCGCAAACAACCAUGACAUCAGGAAGGAAAUGUGGGCGUGGUCUCCUUCCACCAUAGGUUGGGGUCGUCUGGAGUGUCCAAACCAUCCUAUGUUUAAUGGUUCAUGGAAAUCAGCUACCGCCGCCUUUGCGUGUUACAGUCCCGGAUUUACCGUUUUCAUAGGCGCAAUCAGGACGAGCAAAUUGAAAAGUUAAAAAUUGAAACAGAUGAAAGAAACUGCUCCGUCGUGAUCCUGGUCCGAAGCAGAAACACCUUGAAUGGGCGAAAGAUUCAAGGUUUUGUGCAGUUAAAGUCCCCAACAAUUCAGACUCCUGCUGCUCCGAUUGCUCUGGUUGUGUUGUGGAUCUCACGCAUCCCUCAGACUCUCCUUUGAAGGUCUCGACUCAGACGUCUCAACGACUGGAACUUCUGCGACUCCCCUUCAUCCCACCCUCCACCCGACCCCCCCAAGGAUUUGCUUUUCAUUUUCAUUUUGGGUUCCCGUCCGGAUCACUCCAGAGAAAGACAUUCAUGCAUGAUUCCCGGAGCCAAGGCUGCAGGGGAGAGACUCUGAUGGAUCAGGGGUUUGACUCUCGAGUCAAGCCGGGCAGCCGUGAGUACAGAAAAUGUCAUGAACUGUGACUGAAGUGUCACGACUAAAGAGCUUCUUGCACGACAUUCACGAGUUUACGACGUUGUUGUCCGAUUUGUCCGAAUGGAAAAAUGUGAUUUUAUAAUCUGAAUUUGUGUAGAAAUGUUUUUUUCUUCUCAGUCAGAAAUUGAUCUGCAAAAUGAUUCAGGAUCUGAAGACGAACACGCCGUAGUUUUGACGUUAGAAAAAAACGUAAAACUUAAAUGAUUCAAUGUCAACUGUCAAGAUCAGAUAUGAAAGUUGGCUGUAAUCUCAGUAGUGAGGGAUUUUUAUAUCUUUAUUUCUUGAGUUCAAGAUUGAAUCCCGAAUAUUCUCAAGGCACGAGUUAGAUUAACAGAAUUCUCAUGUCUGAGUUACAAAAACUUGAAUCGAGGGAGAAACCUUUCGCGGGAAACGUUUGAGUUCUGAAGAAUUCUUCGCUCUAAUCUGAGAAAUUAUAAAUUAAAGGAGAACAAAACCGUUAAUCUGCGGCAUACGGGUCACGGGUCGAACUUUUGAUUCGGUUGGGACUGAGUUGGGAUUGAGGUUUCAAGUUUUAAUCCUGGAAAAUUCCCACGUUUGAGUGGCAAUCUCAUGACUGAUCUGGGUUUUAAUCCCCAAGUGUCUAACCUCAAAUUGAACUCUAGAUUAUGUGCUUGAGUUGUGUUGCCAGGUUUGGGUUCCAAAUAUCAUUCAGACAAUCUGAAGGAGGAAAUCAAUGUCGUGGGGGAUGAAAGUAAAAACUUCAGUUUUAAAUUCUGGGUUUUUCACGACAUAUCCACACGCACGCUCUUACUCCACUGAUAAAAUAUACUUCUGUGUCAACGCACAGGUGCUUUCUGAGUGAAGCUAUUUCUUACUGUAUAUAUCUUUCAUUUCAAACAAGUGACUUACAGCAUCCAUAUCUCCGAACGCGUUUGAGUUUCUGCAGUGUUUCGCGACUGUUUUAUUGAGGAAAGAAGAACGUCGUGAUUUUAUCCACCCCAAAAUUAGACACUUUCCUUCAGCGUGACUCCUGCGUCUGCUGAAGUGCCUUUAAGCACAAAGUACCGACGAUGUCUUUAGUUUCUCUUGUUAAAUAACCAAACUGCAAACAGAAAGGGAAAAGGGUUCGACUCAAGUGCGAUUAUGACGCUCGCGACAAAACUGGCCUCUGGAGAGUCUCCGCGAGGACGUUUCAUUUUUCCUUUGCAUCUGCGCUCUGGCCAGGGGAAUGUUUCUGGAUCGGUUGGUGACGCAAGUCGAAGGCAGAUACUCUGAGUUUAGAAGAAGCUGGAACUUACAUUUCUGGAAGUCUGGAACGUUCAACGUGCCUUGAUCUGAUCAAGCCCUCACAUCCCAGAGCCUCAAAAUUCGACAGUCAUUUCCACCUCUUGGAAUGUUGCAGAAAUUCUGAGUUUGUCUGAGUUUGUUUGUUUGAAUGUCAGAUUUAAAGUUGUGUUUUUUUUUACUGUGUAAAGUCAGUUUCAACACUCAGAGUUAAUCAAUUCAGAUUUUUUUUUCUUUUUGAAAUCAGACAUUUUCCGUUUCAAUCUUAAAAUACAGUAAAUUAUACCCUGAGAACAACUUUCCGAUUUGUUUUGAGUGAAACUCAAAAGUUGAAAAUCGGAGUUCAGUUUUGUUUUAUUUAGAAUAUAAGGAAGCCUGACACUGGCAAUUUCCAGCUCUCAGAAUCGACCUUACCAGCUUUAAAGGUCAUUUUCUCUGUUUCAAAUUCAUAAAUGAACAGUUUAAAUAUUAAAAUAUUUCAUGUGUUUUAUUUAGACAUGUUUAAUUUAUUUUGAUUGAAACGCCGUAAUAUAUUUGAACCUUGACAAUUCUGAGGUUAAAGCUUAAAAUGUGGAGGUUUUAAUCACAAAAUAUAUGGAAUCUACGGAGCCCUGGAAGUCACAUGCAUGUGUUUGUUUUUUUUGCUCGCGAUAUCUCGAGCAAAAUAAUACCAUAUGUGGCUAAGCUAUAUGUAUCACGUGUCUCUAGAAGCGACAUGCAUGACUUUAUCUCGGGAUAAAAUAAAGUCAUUCAUGCCACAUGUGGUAUCACUUUGAGUAGAAGGCACUUGGUCAGAGUGUUAAAAGCGCACAGACUUUGCCGUCGGCAAUAUUCUGACUUACAGACAGCGAAUGACAACGUUGCCAAACAGUUACGAAGCCAUGGGAGAUAAGUGGUUACAGGAAGUCAUCGUGACUUGAUAUAAAAAUCAUCUCGAGAUACGAAUUAUCACGAGAUAACAGUUAGCUCCAGAUCAUUUUUAUCUCGGGCUAAAAAAAAUAAAGUCAUGCAUGUCACAUCCAAAAAAAUAAACACACGCAUGUCACUCCCAGGGCUCCGUAGGAAUCCGAUGUUUUCAUCGCAUUUUAAAUGAUGGAUUUUUUUCAGUGGACAAUAUUGAUUUUUAUUUCCCAAAUUUUUGUUCCCAGAAUUCCUGUUCAGCUGACAGGAAACGGGCUCAGUUUCCAAUCCUUUGAGCGAGUGAAUGGUGAAUUGAAGGUCCUUUCUGCCUCACGUGUACUGAAGUCUUCUACUUUUCCUCGGAGCUGUCUUUCGAAACAAAAUCUCAAGGUGUUGGUUUGAAUCUCGCUGGACUUCCAGAACAGUCUGAGCCCAAAAUCCAUUUGUUUCCGACGGGAGACAGAGCCUUCUCCAGCCGUUAUAUACGUCGUGGAUGUCACUCCUAGAUCGAAAAAAAAAAAAAAGAAAAGAAAAAAAGGCUGCAGUCGAAAUGUAAAUAUAAACAACUGCAGGUGUAAAUAACGUUUUCCGUGGUGAAUAUUUGAUCGAAACUGCGCUGUUCUUGUUUAGAAAAUCAGUGGCUGUAUAAUCUGAAGCUUCUGUGUUCUGAUGCAUGUUUGUGAAGACGUGGCGCCGGAGGUGUAACCAGAACCAGGCGUUUCUCUCUCACUGACCGCCGCUUGCCCGGAUUUUUUUCAUUCAGCGUGUUUUGUCCGGCUCGUCCAUAACUACGGAAGACGCCUUGUGGUGUGUGGGAAGCACUGCGUUCUCAAUUCUGGCCUGACAAACUGGGAGACAAAACUUCACCUCAGGUGUUUCUUGCUGCUUCAUUACUUCGGAACCUGAAUAUUUUGCGUCUCAGAUCGUUUUCCAAAUUCAGAAUUCCAGUUACGAAUCGGAAGAUAAAACUCUUGAGUUGAUAUUUUUCUGAAGGUCAAAGGUCUCUUCAGGCUGAAUGUAAAACACUUCUGCUUUCGUCCGCUUCAACUGUUUCUCUUUCAAAGGGUUUUUGUAAACAGUGGAAUAAUCUCAAUAAAUGUUUUUAACUUGUUGAAUCUACGUGGUUGUUGUGUUGUGAAGCGGUUUUGAGAAACACAGUUUAUUUAUUCAUUUUUUGCCGUUGCAGAAAAAGUCAAAUUAUAAUUACGAUAAAUACUUUCAUGGCAAUUCAUGUAUUUAUGAAAUAUACACGCUUAAA